CGGCAUCGCGACUGCUCAGGGUCUGAGUGUGUAGUUACAGUACUAUCGUGGAGACAUAACAAACGCUGCCCAAUGCGACUCUGUGUUUGUGUGUGGUGAGUGAACCGCGCUGCUGACCGAAUACACAGCUCUAUUUCUGCCGUCUUUUGGUUCUUUCACAGAUACGUCGAAGAAAAGUUCCUUUACAACAAAACGUGAAACUAAAGCAGCAAAAUGGGAAAUGGCUCGAUGAAGCUGAACCCUCUAAAGCAGGUCAGUGGAUCGGCCAAAUCCAAAAACAAUGGAGAAUCAAGCUUGGUCCCUCAAGUCCUCAGAGUACGUGUGGAAGAAUUAGAGACUCAUCUGAAGAAGAAGGAUGAAGACCUGAAUGCCAAAGAGCUUCAGAUCAAGCAUCUGGAGGAGCAGCUGGCCCAGCAGAAGCAGACCCUCUCUGAGAUCUCUGACACGUUAAGGAGCAAGUGUCUCCAGCUCAACAAGCUUCAGGACGCUCUGAAGAGUCAAGGGGAGCUGGGCCUCCUGCCCUCACCCCUCAAGGAGAAAGUCAGUCAAGGUCUCACAGGCCUGCUCAGAGAAACACUCAACAGGAGAAAAGGAGCAAAAGCUGGAGUAUCAGCAGAGCCUUCAUCCAGAACGUAUGAUUCCAGUGGGAUUCCAAAGUUCUACUUCGAGAGCGCACGAGUCUGGAAAGAGCAGAGUGUAAAGAAGCUCCUGACAGAUGCUCUGAAUAAGAACCAGUAUCUGAGGAGACUGGAAGUGCAGCAGGUCAAAGACAUGGUCGAAUGUAUGUAUGAACGGACCUACCAGCAGGGAGAGUAUGUCAUCAAACAAGGAGAGCCUGGAAACCACUUGUUUGUGCUUGCAGAUGGCAAGCUGGACGUCUAUCAGCACAACAAACUGCUCACAUCAAUAGCAGUCUGGACCACGUUUGGUGAACUGGCCAUCUUGUACAAUUGCACCAGGACUGCAUCAGUCAAAGCGGCCAGCAAUGUGAAGACAUGGGCUCUGGAUCGAGAAGUCUUCCACAACAUCAUGCGCAUGACUGCCGAGGCUCGACACGAGCAAUACCGCAACUUCCUGAGAAGUGUUUCACUUCUUGCCAGUCUUCCUGGGGACAAGCUAACAAAGAUUGUGGACUGCUUAGAGGUGGAGUAUUAUAAUAAAGGAGAUUACAUCAUCCGGGAGGGAGAGGAAGGAAACACCUUUUAUAUAAUUGCCAAUGGAAAGAUUAAAGUCACACAGAGCACACAGGAUCAUGAAGAGCCUCAGAUCAUCAACACCUUGGGGAAGGGGGAUUAUUUCGGAGAGAAGGCCCUCAUCAGUGAUGAUGUGAGAUCUGCAAAUAUAAUCGCAGAAGAGGAUGGUGUGGAGUGCCUUGUGAUCGAUCGAGAAACUUUCAGUCAGACUGUUGGAACUUUUGACGAGCUUAAGAAGUAUCUUCAGAGCUAUGUCGAUAGUUUGGCACGAGAUGAUAAGAAAAGAAAUGCUAAGAGGUCAGGAAGCUGCACUCCACCCAACACACCAGUGUCACAUGACAUGAUCGAGCUAAAGGAGAGAGAGAGCAGCUUUGCAUCCACUAUACCCUUCACCUGCCUUGAGGCUAUUGCCACUCUGGGAGUCGGAGGCUUUGGCAGAGUUGAACUGGUGAAACUGAAGAAUGAAAAUGUGACAUUUGCUCUAAAAUGCAUCAAGAAACGGCACAUUGUGGAUAACAGACAAGAAGAGCACAUUUACUCUGAGAGGAGGAUCUUGCUGGAGACAAACUGUCCUUUCAUUGUGAAAAUGUAUCGCACAUACAAAGACAACAAGUAUGUGUACAUGCUGCUGGAGGCCUGUCUGGGUGGAGAGAUUUGGAGUCUUCUGAGGGACAGGGGGAGUUUUGAAGAGUACACUGCAAAGUUCUGCGUGGGCUGUGUAACAGAGGCUUUUGACUAUCUGCAUAAUAAUGGCAUCAUAUACAGAGACCUAAAGCCUGAGAAUCUGAUGCUGGACACAGAUGGAUACGUCAAGUUGGUGGAUUUUGGCUUUGCCAAGAAGCUGAAGUGUGGCCAGAGGACAUGGACAUUCUGUGGGACUCCAGAGUAUGUGGCGCCUGAGAUCAUCCUCAAUAAAGGCCACGGGCUUAGUGUCGACUUCUGGUCUUUAGGAAUCCUGAUAUUUGAACUUCUUACUGGAAGCCCGCCUUUUACUGGCUCAGAUCAGAUGAUUAUAUAUACAUUCAUUCUGAAAGGAAUUGAGAAGAUGGACUUCCCGAAAAAGAUCACCAAGAGGCCAGGUGACCUUAUUCGAAAGCUGUGCAGACAAAACCCUUCAGAGCGACUGGGCAACCUGAAGAAUGGAAUAACUGAUAUUAAAAAGCACAGAUGGUUUACAGGUUUUAGCUGGAGUGGUCUGAAAGCCCGAAAUCUGAUAUCACCACUUAAAAGAGAGGUGAAGGGACCCACUGACCACAGUUACUUUGAUAGUUAUCCUCCUGAAGAAGAAAUCCCUCCAGAUGAAAUGUCAGGCUGGGACACAGACUUCUAACUGACCCCCUGAUGCACCCAUGUGUUCAAACAAAACUCUUGUGCCAUUUGUCAUUUGCUAGCCUUUCUUCAGCUGAUCCUCAGCCCAUGACGCCAACAGAAGCAGUUCAUGUGCCCCAACAAUGAACUCCUUGACUGGAGGGUGAAGAGCAGAGGCGGAGAGACAUAAGAAACAAAUUGUUUCGCUGUCUUCAUGUUCUCAUGCAUUGUGAUGGUAAACAUAUUUGACAGAAGCUGGACCACUGACAUGUCAUAGCAGGAUCAGCCUGUGAGAAUGAUGGGAUCGUGGAGGAUGGUGUGAAACCAUUGGUAAUAUUUACUUUUGGACGUGUGGAGAGGUCUGUGGUUUGACAGGAAGGUGAGAUGUUCCUCGUUUUAGAAGAGCUGGUGAUGUCAUGUAUUUGAGGUGCUGAAGGUAAUAACCACCCGCGACUGUGACCGAAUGCCCUGAUGAGCUUUCAAAGGUUACCCUCAGCGGGCGAAAGGCGUCUAGAGUCUAAAGGCCUGAUCACACCAAGGAUAAUAACUUAUAGUGCUGAUGAUAAAGAUAUGGCUUGAAAAGUCACUCCAGAUAUAAUGAUUACAGACUAAACUAUGACAAAAGCAGAGGAAAGAUAUGUUUAAAAUUUAUUUUAAGGCCCAAGUAUACUUCAAAUUAAAUAGUUCAAAUAAAUAGUUCAAAACAGCUCACCAAAGUCCUGAGUCGUGGCUGGGCUCUGCGGACUGCCACCGACUUGCAGUGCCGGUGUUCGUACCGAUAAAAACAUAUGCUUAAAAUUCUAAAAUGUAUUGUGCUGCAUGGUGCAAUGCAGCUCGUUGUGGAGUGGCGCAUCCGAUGUGCGACCCCCUUUACAUUCAGUGUCUAUUUGCAGCAAAUAAAAUACAAUGUAAAAAUGUGGCAUGUCUUGGGGGCACUUCACAUCUGAUCUCAUCUCUCUCAGCUGCCAUUAUUGUUGUGUUGUUUACACACAAGGAGCAUGACACAUUUACCACCUUGCCUACUGCAACACAAUGUUCGAAAACUUUAUACCGUCUCACAACCUUUUUGAACUUGAAUUUGCCCCCCAACGAGGAUGGAAAAAGAACUACAUUUCAAGUAUACAGAGCCCUUAAGAACUUUUUCAGGACAGCCAAUCAGAAUCCAUCCUGCUUUUCUUAGUGUUCCGCAUGGGUACUGCAUAGACCUUUUUCAUAGAACGUAAAAUUACCCAUUAUGCUUUGCGUGUAUGUGGAGGGAGGAUGCUUCGAAUUUCGGUCGGCAGCUUUAUGCGUAUAGAGUCAAAUUUGGAUUGCUUUGAAACUAUAGUUUUUUUAAUCGAUUUUCAUUGCUUUUAUGGUCUUUUAAACUGAUACCGCUGUUGAUUAGCACCACCUUCUGGACUGAUAAUCUAAAAAAUACAAUCUAAUAGGAAUGUAAAACAAGUCAUCGUCAGAUGGCAUCUUGUGCCACUUAAAUGGAGCCUCAUCACUAAAGUCAACAUUUUCUUUUUUUAUAUAUAUAACCAACCCAAACAAACACACUAACACACUGAAAGAGUGGCACAAAGUGAAAAUAAAGUGGCAUUUUGAAAUGACAGAAAAUCACUUGGUAAUCCAACAGCCAGCAGAGUAUCAGUAAGAUACGUUUUAGAAGUUUCAUGCCAGUAAUAUGGUUUGCUCUGUAAUACAGUGAUGUAUUGUGUGUUAUGUGUGUGCGCGCAUUGAGCACAGUAUAACAGAUGACUGGUCAGGAACACUUACUCUGUAUUUCAACAUCUUAUCUGACAGAUAAGAAGUACAGUAUAACAGUAUUUACAGUAUAACGGCUAACACACAUCAUUCAAAAUCAAAAAAGUUGUGCAUUGCAAAAACACUCCAUAAUCCACUCAAAAUGGUAUUGACAAUCCACUUUUGGAUCGAUAAUUACCAGUCAAAAAAUGCUGUAAACGGAAGUUCUAAGCAUCCUACAGGAAGACAGUGGUCGCUAUGAGUCUCCAUGCAGCAAUAAAGAAAAAGGUCUAUACUGUAGGUGCGCCAGUGUUCAAUGAUAUGCAGUAUAGGUCAAUUGGAUAAAGUAAAUUGGACAUAGUGCGUCUGUGUGUGUGUGUUUGAGAGUGUAUGGGUGUUUCCCACCAUUGGGUGUUGUAAAGUAGUGCACUCAGUGCAGGGUUUUGGCAGGAAGGGCAUUCACCAGUAAAGCAUGUGCCAGGGUAACUGGUCAAUCAUUGCAGUGGCAACGUCUGAUAAAGUAGGGGAUAAGCCAAAGGAAAAAGAGUGAGUGUAUAUACUGUAUAUUGCAUUGGUGUUGAUGCUAUAAAUAUUUUUAUAUGUAUUGUUGUUGGUGUGAACGAGCCUUUGGGUCUAUUCACCUGAAAAUGAAAUAUUCAUUUAUUCACCCCCAGGCCAUCUAAUAAAGGUUUUCAAAUCCAGGGGCACAGGAUGAUUUAAGGAAGUGCAAUAACAUUUAUUAAUGGUCUUUUAAUUACAAUAUAACAACAACAAUUAGGAUAACUUUUGAUUGAAUCUACAUUAAAAUAGAUGCGAAACAAAUAAUAAAUCUUCGUCACCUGACGCGCACGUGCUAUCACGCUUUUUAACAUGGCGCAUAGUGAGGACAAUAUUUUCAUAGCCUACAUUCCAAACAAAUUCAGACUUUCCAAAAAUUACUUGAACUGCGGCAGCUUCGACUCAAAUCCUGAGGCUCCCUGUUCCGACAAUGAUAUAACAUAUUGAAGAAACUGAUUUAUCCCAGAAAACGACAGCUGACUGUUACUGAUCCAGUAACACUUGGAUGCACGAACGGGGAAUUUCUCUCGCUACUUUCUCGUUAAGAAGUUCAGUGAGUUAAAAGACAAGCGGUUCGUCGACUACCGCAUUUGAUUUUGAAUACUUAGAUUAAAUUGCUGGACUAUUUUAACCCCUGAAGAACAGUAAGAAAUGCUGCAGCUGACCUGACGGCAUGUUGAAAAACUCGCAACAAAUAGUAAAAUGGAUCAGUUUGUUUUUCCACCGUGUUUCCGAUAUGGAACAAAGGAAGAGUUUCAUUGCUACUACUUUUUAUAAACUAUAGUGACCUAAAAGUGUAAAACUGGACUCUCAGCCAGGCUUAACCAGAAUGAAGAGGAAACAAGUCGAAUGCUUUUCUGGACAUGCGUUUUGCUCUGACGCCCUGGUUUGGGAUCAAAAUAAGCAGGCCCAUCAGGCCAAUUAAUGUAAGUUGUUUAUGCACACACAUGCGUGUAUGUAUGUAUAUCCAUUGUAUGUAGCCUAAAUGUGUGUAAAAUGCAGUUGAAUAUGUGCGUCGCCGUCAGUUUGAAAAGAAAAAAAAGGGCCGCAGUCAAAAAAGUUCGAAAACCACUGAUUUAAUAUGAUGCAAAGCAGGAUUGAGGUAACGUUGGUUUUAUAUAUUUAUAAUUCGUUCAGUGACAACUUGUGACAUACAAUAUUAUGCAAGUAUGACUUGAAAGCAACAUUAGCACUAUUUAAUUGACUGUGGAGAAGGCUGUACUUUGUGUCAUUGGUUGCUUAUAUGAUUUUACUAUUUAGAAUUGUCAAUGAAUAUUUUUAUGAAAUUAUAUUAUUAUGGAGAAAGUCUAAAUGUUUGAAUAUAAAACCAAUUUUACCUCAAUCAAAGCAGGUGACUUUUUUUGUCAACAAAACAAAGAACAUUCUCACUGAAACCGUGCUCACUGAUGAUGACUCGUACAAUAGAAGGAAACAGCUGAUGACACUUUUACAGUAACAAUGAAGCAUGCGGGCUAAAUUAAAAAUAAUUUUAACCCCGACUCCUGGUCAUAACUUGACACCUUAUGAAAGAACUGCAGAGAUUAGAAAGAACAGAAAGAACGUUAUUUACAUUAUUACCUUCAACCAACAGCCCUUAAAGGGUUCAAAGGUUAUAAUAAACCUGUAAAUAAUCUUGUAAAUAAUCAAGUUUCUUGCACAAACCAAUAAUUUAGUUUCAGAUCACAGUGUCUCAGCUAAGGUAAUCUUGGAUGGCUUGAGGUUGAGUAAAUUCAGUUUAGUUUUCAUUUUUGGGUGAAGUGUAGGCUAUACGAUGACUCUAAUCUGAGCCAAAUAUGUUUGUGUUCAUGUUAUACUUGAUGUUUAGUUAUUUUAUUGAACUGUGUAAUUUAUAGGUGUAAGAAUUUAGAUUUAUUUGAGUCUUCCCAGCAGAUUCUGAAAGAAAUUUAAAAUUUAUUUGGAUUUCAUUAAGUCAUGUAAUAAAAAAAAUGUAAUAAAUAUGUUCAUUUCUUAAUGUUUGUAUGCAGAGCAUUUCAAAUCCAGCGGUUAGUGCACACACUAGUGAUUUGUAGCUAUUAAAUAAUCGACUGAUGUUAGUGUGGUAACCUUCCAGAAAUUAUCGACCCAUUAAGCAAUUUACAUCAUGUUCCAUGAUGCAACGGUCUCAGCAUAAUUUCUGAUUGCAUAACAGUGCAGUCGAUAUUCAGUAAAGCUCUGCUUUAAAGCCAGAGGGCUUUAACCUCAUGAUAAAUAAACACAAGGCUACAUAAUUCUUAAAACUUUAUUGAGUUUUCCUUGCUAAAAAGGGAUCCUUUCAACUCGGGAGACGUGUU